AUGGACAAGCGUAACGAUUGUUGUGCAACCGUUAGCGCUGAUGUGACGCUAGAAAAUGAUGCAAUUGGAGAGAAAGUGGACUCUUUAUGCAGUAAUGACAGCGUCAAGAGCGAUGGAGACGAGACUGUUACGUCCUGCUCCAAUGGAGAAGAUGAUGUUAUUGAGACGAAAGAGACGGCAGCACGUGACGACUGUUGUUCUAGGCAAGAAGAUAAGAAGGAGGUAGUUGCAGAUGAGCAUGAUGACUACUGUGUUACAAAGACAACAAAGAAAGCGUCAAGUUGUUGCUCGAAACAAGUAAAGGCCAAGGUGAAAGCGGAUGGUUGUUGUGCUUUUACAGAAGAGCAGCAAGGACUUAAUGAAUACUCAUUGUCCGUAAGUGGCAAGAAGAAGUCGUCGUCUGGAUUGAGAUUGUGUUUGCCGAAAGCACAGUGUUUAUCACCUCUGGAACGAUCUUCGAGCUUUUUGAAUCGUUUGAUGCUGUUUCGCAUUGAUCGUAGAGGUACCUCUGAGAAAACCCAGACAGUUUUGGACCGCUCAAGAGGAAAGGAGAUAACGGCCGAAUCAUUGGAGACACUCUGUCUGAACAUUAGUGGCAUGACAUGCAGUGGUUGCUGUACGCGUAUCGAGAAAUUCAUGAGCACGCAGCGUGGUGUUAUAGACGUAAAGGUGAGUCUACUCACAAGUCGCGGCGUUUUCCGGUUUGAUCCGGAAUUAGUGACGGCAGAGCGCAUUAAGCAAAUUGUAGCCACGCUGGGAUUUCAACCCAGUGUAUUAUCGGGUGAUGAGGUGGUAAGUGUUGUCCUGCACUAUGGACAAUCGGAGAGUUCCCCGGAAGCCAAGAAGUUAGCACUCCAACUUCCUGGUGUCAUUGCCGCAGAACAUGUUGAUGAGCCGGUUGUUUGUGCGGAUGUAUCGAGUGAGGCUCUGCUCGUUACGUACAAUCCAGACAUUACAGGUGCUCGCAGCAUUGUUUGUCAGCUCUCACGCGAACUAAGAGUGAGCGUUCAAGCAUCAAGUCCGCGUGCGACAUCGGUUCGUGCACGCGCGGAUGAAGUGCGACGGUUUACCCGGCUAUUGUUUUGGAGCUGUUUGCUGUCGCUACCAGUAAUCUUCGUCGAGUUUAUACUUCCGGUGUUUUGUCCUACUUCCGACCAUAAUCCGGCAAAUGCAGGAGUCUGGGGUACAGCGAACCGGUUAAGUGUGAAAAAUGCUGUGGAAUUUGCGUGUGCGACACCUGUGCUGUUCAUAGUGGCACGCCCCAUUCACACAAGUGCUUUCCUUGCGUUGCGUUAUGGCAAGCGCGUUACGAUGAACGUUCUUAUCUCGCUAAGUGCUUGCACAGCCUAUGCUUUUUCUGUUUUUACUGUUGCUGCGGCGGCUUUUGCGAAAUCUCAAAGACCAAAAGUAAUACCAGACCAAGUGAAUCCUUCGGCGGCAUCUGCGCAGGAGCAUACGGACACGCUAGUCAAAGUAGAUACCUUUUUCGAAGUCACGGUGCUACUUGUUACUCUGAUCCUCGUUGGCCGAUACAUUGAAGCACUGGUAAAAGCACGCGCCUCGAACAGUGUGGAUGCUUUGCUGCGCAUGCAGGCCAAGACCGCCAUCUUGCUUGAAGAAGAGGAUCAGAAAGAGCUGUAUAUAGACGUGGUACUUGUCGAACGUGGUGACCUACUGAAAGUUCUGCCUGGUACUCGAGUGCCUACAGAUGGCGUUGUUGUCAGAGGCGCUAGCUCUGUGGAUGAGUCCAUGAUAACCGGUGAAGCUCGCAAGGUGCCCAAGGAACCUGAAGCAAUUGUGAUAGGUGGGUCCAUAAACUCACAGGGCGUUCUGAUCGUGCGGGUGACCCACACUAUUCACGAGUCGAUGUUGGCUCGCAUGGUGCGUCUCGUAGGAGAGGCUCAAGCUUCUCGCGGUGGUCGCCAAAGCAUUGCGGAUGCUGUGGCUGCAUACUUCACGACGUUUAUAAUCAUUCUGGCCAGCUUGAUGUUCAUGCUUUGGUACUCGCUCGCUCGACAUGGUCAUGUGGAUACGCAGGGCUGGGCUCCUUUCCCGUUUGCGCUGCGCUUUGCAAUUACGGUGCUAGUUAUUAGCUGUCCGUGUGCGAUUAGUCUUGCCGUGCCUACUGCUGUAAUGGUGGCGACCACGAAAGGUUCACAGGCGGGUAUACUCUUCAAGGGUGGCCGCGCGCUCGAGGCGCUCGCGGAAGUGGAUGCUGUUGUGUUUGACAAGACAGGAACGCUCACAACUGCGCAGCUUGGGGUUGCUAGUGUCUUUGAUGCAGAGAAUGGCGUUGACCGAACACAGCUCUGGCGUUGCGUAGCUGCUGCAGAAAAAAACAGCGAGCACUCAAUAGGUAAAGCCCUCGUAGCUUAUGCUGAGACUCAACUGCAGGACCUUCAGGUUGACCAAGCGCAGGGAUUUGAGGCUGUUCCAGGAUGCGGUGUGCAUUGCACCGUGCAGGGUGUUGAUGUACGACUUGGUUCCCUCACAUGGCUUAAACAGCAGACGUACGGUGACUGUCAUGCCCUAAGGGUUCCUGUAGAAUUUGUCGAAGCAAACCAACGUUUUCAGGCUCAAGGUUGCAUAGUCGUGUUCGUUGUCAUUGAUGGCGAAUUGCUAUCUGCAAUUGCGCUAAGAGAUGCCCUCCGCCCGGAGGCCAAAGGCGUCAUCUACCAGCUAAAGCGCGAGGGGGUUCAGCCGUGGAUGGUUACCGGCGAUCAGCGCGGGACCGCAAUGAACGUGGCGAUGGCGCUGGGUGUACCUGAUGGCUCUGUGCUGGCUGAAAGUCUACCUCAUCAAAAGGUAGACACGGUGCGCUUGCUGCAGAGUCUAGGUCUGCGUGUCGCCUUUGUCGGUGAUGGCGUGAACGACGCACCUGCGCUAGCAACGGCCGAUGUUGGUGUGGCACUUGGAGCAGGGACUGAUGUUGCGCUCGACGCUGCCGACGUUGUGCUCGUUAAGGAUGACCUACGUGAUCUGCUUAACGCUCGCGCGCUUUCGAGCGCCACCAACAGACGUAUCAAGCAUAAUUUUGCUUGGGGGGCCAUGUACAACCUACUGAUGAUGCCUAUUGCGUGUGGUGCACUGUAUGCUCCGUUUGGAAUUUGGAUCCCUCCAGCCCUCGCCGGUUUAUCGGAGCUGCUAUCGUCCGUGCCUGUGGUUCUCUUUUCACUGCUGCUUAACUAUUGGAAGCCGCCGUUUAGUGGUGACUGGGUACACGAGAACCACGUGGCUAUUGAUGUAUUGGAAUCGACACCCUUGCUGCACAAGUAG